CCCCAAAUUGCUGCGCCAGCCUAUAAAAGUUACCGACGGAGGAGAUAAAUCAGAAGUUUUUAUUCAAGGUUAACAUAACAGAGCAAAGAUCCUCCUGUGCAUGACAGACAUGGAUCAAACUGAGGUAGUGAAGCCUGAAACUCUGGAUGAGCUGAUUGCAAUCCUGCACAAGAUUUUCGAGAGUGACUGCAUCAAUGUAGAGGAGGUUCAAAAUAUCAUGGAAUCAUACGAGAGCAAACCUCAUGAAUGGAUGAAGUAUGCAAAGUUUGACCAGUACAGGUACACCAGGAAUUUGGUUGAUGAGGGUAAUGGGAAGUUCAACCUCAUGAUUCUCUGCUGGGGUGAAGGACAUGGAAGUAGUAUCCACGACCACACAGACUCCCACUGUUUCAUGAAGCUGCUGCAGGGGCAGCUGAAGGAGACGCUCUUUGACUGGCCAGAUCGCAAAUCACAUGAUAUGGUGCAAAAAUCUCAGAGAAUCCUCCAGGAAAACAAGGUUGCCUAUAUCAAUGACUCCAUUGGUCUGCAUCGUGUGGAGAAUGUCAGUCACACAGAGUGUGCUGUGAGUUUGCACCUUUACAGUCCCCCAUUUGAGACGUGCCAGACCUUUGACCAGCGAACGGGACACAAGAACACAGUGAAGAUGACCUUCUGGAGCAAAUAUGGAGAAAGGACCCCACUUACCACAAUUUCACAAGAGAACAAUUAGACGUUGCAUAGAGGGGCUCCAGCUGAUGAAGACAUUUGCAUUUAGAACAAUGCCAUGAAAUUGAUUUAAGGGAAACUGCUGAGAAGCCAUGAAAAAGUGGACCCACGAUGACUAUGUAACCCAUCUGAAAAUCAGGACUAGACCGGUUCAAAACGGACAAUCCACUAAUUAGAAUGACUUUAUCUUUGCCUGGUUUGAACUUGGCAAACAUGCAGCACAGGACGAAUGCAUGAAUAGGCUUGGAUGUGGAUUGAAUCUGCCUUUUGUUUGCCAGGCCUUAGGACAGCCUCUUUUUCUCCAAUAACAACAUUCCUGUCUGUCCACAACCUGUGUAACUAUACUUGUGUAAAGUUAUUACAUGUAGUCAACAUUGGAGCUGUUUUAAAAAGAUUAUAUUUUGUUUU